GUCAACAUUGAAGUGAAUGGGGUUCAGAUGUUUUUCCUAAAGAAUUUACCACAUCGGCAAUCCUCCAGAAGACAAGGAUUACUCAAUACAAAAGGAAAAAACACUGUAGUGAUAUUAGCCUUAAAAUCAAGUCUGCAUAUAAUUUUCUUUUAUCUCUGCAAGGGAGAUCAUGAUGACUGGGAAACUGAGUGAAGAAAUGGUGGAACUGCUGCUUGCACCAUGGCGUUCGUCUCCACGGGCGACGGGACUGGAGGGCAGGCUGGUGGCGGCGUUGGAACUGUAUGACCACUUCCCUUUAGAUGUGGCUGUUACUGGGGGAACCCAGGAGGCCAACACUCAAUUGGCCAGAGCACUGUGUGGGUUAGGAAAUGAGGAGGAGGAGGAAGAGGAGGAGGAAGAGGAGGAGAAAAGUGAGGAUGAGGAAGCUAGUGAUGAUGAUGAUGAAAUUGAGAUUUCGGGGACUCUGACUAAAAUGUUUGAGAGAGAAGGAAAAGGACAGGUUAAGGAAAGUGAGCAGGACGACAACAAGAGAGAUGACCCUCCCACUGAGAACCAACCGAUCGUCCUGCACCCCAAAUCACCAAUGAUCCUGCACCCUAAAAUCCCCAACAUUCGGAUUUGGACAAUUCCAAGCCUCGAUGGCCAAAACCACCCUAUUGAACACUUCGAUGUGUUGGUGGUCCUCACCUCAGUGCAGCACCAGGACAACCUCCCAGGGCCUAUCAUGGAGCUCCGCGACAGGGACCAACCGCUGUUCUUAGUCAGAGCUGAACAGGAGUGGGACCUGGUCCAGGAGAAGCUCACAGGACCCUGUAAGACCUGUGCCUGGGAGAGAAUGAGAGCCCGUCAGAUGGAGAUUGAGAGGAAGAGGCUGGCAGCCACAGCUGAAGAUGCUGAAGUCCCAGAGGAUGUGAAGCAAACGUUACUAGAGUUAAGGGAAAUUGGAGCGACCAUGACUACAGCUCUGCCUGAGCUGAGAAAGAAAGCAUUCUGUCAGUUCAUGGUGGAUGUUUUCAGAGAAAACAGAGUUCCAAAACUGCUGAGGAAUGAUGAACAGUCUCUGCUGUCAGCUGGACUGAGAAUGGAUAAGGUGCAUCCGGGGGAUAUUGAUCGGAAUGGACACCUGUUCGAGUCCAGAGAUCUGACCAACCCCCCAUCCAGACUUCUCUCCGCCCUCACGGCCUUGGAGCACCUCCGACUGGACCUGGGCGUCCUGGGGCAGACGGGUUGCGGAAGCUCCAGCCUAGUCAACUCCCUCCUGGGCUUGAAGAACCAGGACGAGAGGGCGUCUCCCACUGGAGUCACGGAAACCACCAUGGAGGCUCUGGGGUUCCCACACCCUGAGCUGCCUAAUGUCUGGCUGUGGGAUCUACCAGGCAUGGGCAGGGUGGGGGAACUGGCUCCCUCAUCGACCAAGACAGAUCAGAAGGCUCUUUCAUCUUCUCCGCAACCUCCAUCUCCAUUCCCUCCGAUGUCGCUGACUCCUCUGCACCCACUAUGUGAUGUCUACAUCCUGGUCUCGCCUCUCAGGCUUAGCCAGGUCUGUGUCCAGCUGCUGCAGAGUCUGUCAGCUCAGGGGAGGAUGUGCUACCUGGUCCUCUCCAAGGCUGACCUAAUGGGGGAAGGAGCUGUUGAAGAGGUUAGAAGGUGGAGUGAGGAGGCCCUAGGUCGACUAGGCCUCAAACAUACCACUUUCCUGGUGUCAGCUCUCCACCCAGGGGAGCUGGACUUCCCCAGGCUGCAGGAGCUGUUGUGUAGUGCACUGGCUUCCCACAGAAAGGCUGCCCUUGUUCACUAUGUUGUAGAACUUUUGGAAUCAGAGGUGUGGGGGGGAAAGGACCAGGCAGACCCUUGUAAGCUUCAGUGACAUGUAAUUUCAACAAACUGUAUUUGUUUUGUUUUAUUUAACCUUUAAUUAACUAGCUAUAUAGCUAGGUACAUUAUUUUUUUAAAUCUGUCUCCUGUUGUAUCAAAGCCAUGAUGUGAGACGUCAGAGGCUCUGGAUAAUCUGAAUGACUGGGUCCAUGUUCUAUAUUAAAAUCUAAAUCAAAUCUAAGUUUAUUGGUAGUGUACAUGAAUUUAAAAUGGAAUCAAAUUGUAUUUAUCACAUAUGCUAAAUACAACCUUACAGUAAAAUGCUUACUUACCAGAUUUGCAGGUGUUAUGGCAGGUGCAGCAAAACACUUAUGUUACUAUCUCCAACAGUGCAGUAGAAUGUCUCACAAAUACAAUACAAAUGUACAAAUAAUCAUUGUAUGGUAAAGUUGUAUCCAGUUUAUGAAGUUAUGGGUCAUUGUGGUUUUAAGCAAAUAAAAAUAAAUACAUGAAAUAAAAU